AUGAGCAGCGCAUUCGUCGUCGGAGCCACCGGAGCCGUCGGUUCGGAGCUCGUCAAACUGCUCAGCGAUUCGUCAAAAUUCUCAAAAGUCGUUCUGUUCGCAAGACGCUCCGUCGACGCGGCCACCGGCGACAAGUUCGUCCAGAAGACUGUGGACUUUGAGAAGCUCGAGGAGAACUCGGAAGACGUGCGUGGCGUCGACGUGGCAUUCUGUGCGCUGGGCACCACUCGCAGCAAGUCGGGGCCGACGGAUUCUACAAAGUCGAUCACGACUACGUGAUGAAUGCUGCCAAGUUGGCAAAAGAGAACGGUUAGUUUAGAUAUCAGCCAGUAUUUUCACCUCAAAAUCAUGGCAAUCCCACGUGAAACUCGGCCGCGACCUUUCACGCGAAGAGCGGUAAAGCGCGGUUACCACACUUCUGCUUUAUGCUAAAUUUUAAAUAUUUUUCCAGGCGUCAAGCAAUUCGUGCUGGUUAGUGCGGGCGGUGCCGACGACAAGUCGAUGUUUCUGUACCUGAAGACGAAAGGACAGGUGGAACGGGAGAUCGAAGAGCUAAAUUUCGACAAAUUCAUCGUGAUGCACCCGGGACUCAUCGAGACGAAACGACCGGAAUUCCGGCUGGGAGAAGUCGUCGGAUCGGUGUUUUUGAAGCCGUUGCGAUUCGUUUCGAAUCGAUUCUCGAGCUCCGCCACUGAAAUCGCGCAGGCGAUGAUCACCGCGACGCAGACUGAAGUGACCGGAAAGCACAUUUGGGACAAUGUGAAGAUCGUCCAAGAGGCCAAAAAGUAUUCGGCCUGA